CAUUACCAUAUGAUGUACUGUGGGUGUCAGCAGCCUGGAGUCUUUUCAUUGAGAAAAACAUUGCUUUUUAACUGUGCUAUGGAAUAGAAGAAGCAGGAGGGGUUCUUACCAAGUGACAGUCUCGCCUCACUCAACUACCCCUCCUCCUUUCCACACCUGCAGGAUCUUCUGCCUUGCUCUUUUCGGUUAAUUGCCUCUCAGCUCCAAGAGUGCCUGUUGCAAAUCCCUGGAUGAAAAGAUUCAUUCCUGCUCUGCUGAAUAGAUGAACUAAAUCAUGAAACUGGCUAUCCUCUUUCUUCUAUUCCUGCCACUUUGCUUGGCCAAACCAUUUUAUCAAAGAGGCUUGUUUGAUUUUAUGCUUGAAGAUGAAGCAGGAUCUGGAACGCCUGAACCUACAGUAUACCCUCCUAUGCCAGUGUGCCCAUUUCGUUGUCAAUGCCACCUCCGGGUUGUACAGUGUUCCGAUUUAGGUUUGAAGGAAGUUCCGAAAGAUCUUCCCCCAGAUACUACUCUACUCGACUUACAGAACAAUAAAAUAACUGAAAUAAAGGAUGGAGAUUUCAAAAAUCUGAAAAGUCUUCAUGCAUUGAUUCUUGUUAACAACAAAAUCAGCAAAAUCAGUCCUGGAGCUUUUUCUCCACUCAAGAAACUGGAGAGACUUUAUCUUUCCAAAAACAACUUGAAGGAACUUCCAGAAAACAUGCCAAAAAGUUUACAGGAACUGCGUGCACAUGAAAAUGAUAUUGUCAAAUUAAAGAAAUCUGCCUUCACUGGACUGAAUAAUGUGAUUGUCAUAGAAUUGGGCACCAAUCCAUUAAAAAGUUCAGGGGUUGAAAAUGGAGCCUUUCAAGGGAUGAAGAAGCUCUCCUACCUCCGUAUUUCAGACACAAAUAUAACUUCAAUUCCUAAAGGUCUUCCUGUGUCUCUGACAGAACUUCAUCUUGAUGGCAACAAAAUCAGCAAAAUUGAUAGAGAUAGUUUAAGUGAACUUCCCAAUUUGGCUAAGCUUGGUCUCAGUUACAAUCGCAUUGCUAGUGUGGAAAAUGGAUCUUUAACCAAUGUGCCACAUUUGAGAGAACUCCAUUUAAACAACAAUGAAUUGGCCAAAGUACCUGCUGGACUAGGAGAACACAAAUACAUACAGGUUGUCUACCUUCACAACAACAAAAUUGCUGCCAUUGGCCCUAAUGAUUUCUGUCCUCUUGGAUACAAUAGCAAAAAAGCCUCUUAUUCAGGAGUAAGCCUGUUUAGUAACCCUGUGCAAUUCUGGGAAAUUCAGCCAUCUGCUUUCCGAUGCAUCUAUGAACGAUCUGUAAUACAACUUGGAAACUACAAAUAAAUGCACAAAAGCGUUUCCACUUAAAUACCUGUUGCUUUUUAAAAUUGUUGGUAACUAUUAAAGCCUAAUAUUGGAGACUUAACUGCAGAGUGGAGAUUAUUAUAUUUGUAAAAGACCCAUGAGACAAUUUCUAGAGAAAAUAAGUGAAUUUACUUUGUUUUUUGCUUCAUCAAAAACACAUGAUAUAGUUAGUGUUAUCUCUCCCUUAGGUGAGCACAACAGAUUUUUUUCAAUAUUCCUCUGUGCAUAAGAUUUGGGGGUAAAUAUUGGUCAAGCAUUUCAUAAUUAGAAAUGAUAUAAAGCACAUUUUUACUCUGCAGCCACACAUACAAAUUAUUUGGAGAACAAAAUAGCGAAGCAUACUUAUUUAAAAAAUUAAUCAAUCAAGUCUUAAUAAACUCCCAUCUGUUUAAAAUUGAAAUCAUAAGUGCAGGUAUCAAAAUAUCAGAUAUUCAAAUAAGCAAUACAAAAAUGUUGCUUUUGUUAAUAUUUUUGGUUAAAUGCUACUUUAAUAUAUACCUAUUUUCUUUUCUACGAUUUUGUGUUUAAAUCUUCCCAGAUAAUUUAUGUACAAUUAGGAAAAUAUUCUACAGGCUCAAAAUAUAUUCAUGACCCUGACUUUUUCUAGAGUAUGUCAGCAAUGGCUACUGACAUUUUUACUUCUGUCCCCAUGGAAUGGAGACACAAUCUUGCCUUUAUCAUUUAGCAUCAGGGAAAGGAUUUGUGGCCAUGUCCUCAAAUUCCUGCUUCAUUCUCCAAUUCUUCAUUGUCAUCCUAACCUUCUAGGUGACAAAGCUAAUGUUUUCAAGCUGCAUUUUUUUUAUUGUUCACACAAUUACUGCUCCAGUUCAUAAUCUGAUAAAAAAUAUUCAAAUAGAAUUCCCAUUAAUUUGGGAAUCUUUGAGGAAUUAUUAGGUGGAUUGUGACCACUAAGUUUGCAAGCAUGUAUAAAUUAAGUAAUAUUGGCCUACUACAUUAAUAAAUUGCUCUUAAAUGCAACAGUGGACAUCUAUCCACUUUAACUAAUUUGAAUUUUAACAGUUUUCAUGUAAAGAAAUAUUCAGAUUAUUUGCUCAGCAACACCUAGACUUACAAAGGAUCAUCAACUGGCCAGACAUAGAAGAGCAUUA